UUGACGACAGUGCAAAAGAAUUUGAUAAACGUACGUAAAUCAAUAGAUCGAUAUACCCAUGACCAGAUCAGUGUGAUACGAUACGGUAAAGUGGCUGAUUGCAUUAUUAUUACUGCAUGCACAAGUGCGUCAAGGAUUUGCGACAGUAGCAACGACUUAUUACCCUUUACUGCCACUGGUGUUUUGCAAGGCAUUGUUCCAAACUAACAAGAAUUCAUCUCAUUUCAGGAGGAAUCUAUAUUGUUAUUCAUAUAAUUCUAGUGGAAUUUUAAUUUAUGUAUCAGUUCCAACUUCAUUUCUAAAACGUUGACUCAUUUUUGAAUUGCAAAAAAAUUGAGUUGGUCGAAUUAGAGUAGGAUGCCUCCUCCAUCGCAUAUGGAAGAGGUUAAUCUCAGCGACGAAGACGACACACCUUUAGACCAAGAUGAAGCCAGGAAAGCAUCCCAGCAAAGGGACUGGGAUUUAUUUCAAAUUCUUCCUCCUGAUCAGGACAAUGACUUGGUAGAAGAUCAAAUAUGUUAUCAAGUAAUCGUCAAAACCUUAAAGGUGUUAGCUUACAUAAUCACAUUCCUUGUGGUACUUUGUGGGGCAGUUAUAACCAAAUCCACAUUUUUGUUAAUGACAUCGCAAUUGGAUAAAGAUCGUCAUGUCAGCUACUGCCGCAAAACUAUGCCAGAUCGACAAUUUCUGGCCUAUACCACCAUUGAAGAACGUCUCUCGUGGACUUGGGCUGUGUAUUUUGCAUACAUUUUGCCAGAAGUACAAGCAUUCCUUCGAGGUCUACGAAUUUGGGUUUUCAAGGGUCAGCAAAAGCCAACCAUGAUGGAAUUUAUAGUUCCCUUCAUCUUUGAGACGCUUCACGCCUUGGGCAUGGCGUUGCUAGUAUUUGCUGUCCUCCCAAAAUUAGAUGUUGUAAAAGCCGUCAUGUUAACCAAUGCAGUGUGCCUUGUUCCUGCGAUUCUAGGUUUGUUAUCAAGAGGAUUCGAUAAGUACUGGGUGUAUAAAUGCGUUACUGAUGUCUUUGCUAUCAUAUUCCAACUAACUGCCCUUUUCGUGUGGCCGUGGUUUACUGAGCAACAACCAAGUGAUAGGAUGUGGUUAUUACCAAUUGCUGCAAUUUUAGUAUCAUGCGGCUGGUGGGAGAAUUUUGUUGAAAUAACGUCACCCUUCGAUUUCAUAAGGAGACUUGGCCACCUGAAGAAGCAAUUGAGGUCUACUCGCUACGUUACGUAUACAAUUAUUCCCGUAUGGAAAAUGGCAAUUGUUCUUUUGGGUAUGUUAUCUUGCGUAUGGAUGAACGAGGGAAGUUUCACAGUUGCAUUCGACAAAUUCGGAGCAGCUUUCGAAGACCACAAAGUCAUUGUCGAAGAGAAACGACCGACUAUUGAGGAUUAUCUGAAUACGGACCCAGGAACCGGAAAAGAAUAUUUGACUCCUGGAAAGACGCAGGAAUCAACAGAGUACCGUUCAGUGCAAUAUGCGAUGAUUGCACAAAUGGUAGCUGCUUAUCUCUGUUACAUUUUUGCCAAAUUUACUUGCAAGAUAUGCAUCCAAGCAUUUAGCUUCGCUUUCCCAAUUCUACUAGCAGUUCCAGUAACGAUAAUUACACUGAUAAAUUUAUGUGGAAUGAGAGAGGAGGAAGUAUGUUUUUGGGAUAACGUGAUGCCAGGUUAUUUGUUUUGGACUUGCCCGAAGGGUGAUUUUUGGCAAGAUUUUUUCUUUGGCGAUCAGCACGGAUGGGCAUGGAUGUUGUGGAUUUUAUCACAGACAUGGGUCGUAAUUCAUGUCUGGAAUGCGAAGGGAAUCCGUCUUGCAUCAACCGAGAAGAUGUUCGCCACCCCGAUGUACAAUUCAUUACUGGUGGAUCAGUCUGUGGCGUUGAACAGACGAAGAGACGAAGAUGUGGUAGAAGUUGAUGACGAUGAAAACGAGCCCAAAGAUGCCGGUUUCACAAAGCUGACAACAACUGGAGAUAAGAAAGAUCCUAAUAAAAUACAACCCAAGGACACAAUCCCGAGGAUUUAUGCUUGCGCAACAAUGUGGCAUGAAACCAGAGAAGAAAUGAUAGAAAUGCUAAAAAGUAUAUUUCGAAUGGAUGCUGAUCAGUGUGCCAGACGGGUUGCAUUGAAAUAUUUUGAAUACAGGGAUCCAGCGUAUUACGAAUUUGAAACUCAUAUCUUUUUCGAUGACGCCUUCCAGCUCAGCGACUCUACAGAUUUUUAUUCUCCGAUGGAAAUUAAUCCUUUCGUGAGGAUAUUUGUGGGUACUCUCGAAGAGGCAGCGAGUCACGUACAUCAGGCAUUUGUAAAAUUACGACCACCCAAGAAAAUUCCUACGCCUUACGGAGGACGGCUGGAAUAUAUUCUCCCAGGAAAAACCAAGCUGAUUGUUCAUAUCAAAGAUAAAGCCAAGAUACGCCAUAAAAAGCGUUGGUCUCAAGUCAUGUACAUGUAUUACCUCCUUGGCCACCUGCUCAUGGAACAGCCAAUUUCAACGACAAGAAAGGAAGUGAUUGCAGAGAACACGUUUAUCCUCGCCCUCGACGGUGAUAUUGACUUUCAACCUAACGCUGUCGAACUGCUAGUGGACCUCAUGAAGAAGAAUAAACAUCUUGGCGCAGCUUGUGGGCGAAUUCACCCAAUUGGCAGUGGGCCGAUGGUCUGGUAUCAGAAAUUUGAAUAUGCAGUUGGACAUUGGUUACAAAAGGCCACGGAGCACGUAUUUGGCUGUGUAUUAUGUUCGCCGGGAUGCUUUUCACUCUUUAGAGGAAAAGCUUUGAUGGAUGAUAAUGUAAUGGCCAAAUACACAACAGUCAGCACUGAACCUAGGCAUUACGUGCAAUUCGAUCAGGGGGAAGACAGGUGGUUAUGCACGCUGAUGUUGCAGAGAGGAUAUCGCGUCGAAUAUUGUGCAGCCUCAGAUGCGAAGACCCACGCUCCAGAAGGAUUUGGAGAAUUUUAUAAUCAGCGUCGGAGAUGGGUUCCAUCAACAAUGGCAAAUAUUAUGGAUCUGCUGCUGUCAUAUGAAAAAGUGGUCAAAGUUAACCCCGAUAUCAGCUUCUUAUACAUUUGUUACCAGAUUGUCAUGAUGGUUGGGACAAUACUUGGACCAGGCACGAUUUUCUUGAUGUUGGUGGGAGCAUUUGCAACAGCAUUCAACUUGGGCCAGUGGACGAGCUUUUUGUACAAUUUUAUUCCAAUUCUGACGUUCAUAUUGGUUUGCUUCUUGUGCAAAGCAAACAUUCAGUUAAUGGUCGCCCAAAUAUUAUCCGUCAUUUACGCCCUCGCGAUGGUGGCUGUCGUUGUCGCCAUUGCUUUACAAGUCAAUGACGAUGGUCUUUUUGCUCCUUCGUCAAUUUUCUUGAUUGCAGUGGCCCUCAGUUUUAUAAUCGCUGGGAUAAUACAUCCCUUAGAAUUUGGGUGUUUGCCUCAUGGAUUUCUUUAUUAUAUUACAAUUCCUUCAAUGUACUUACUUCUAAUGAUCUAUUCGUUGUUCAACAUGAACGUCGUGUCUUGGGGUACUCGAGAAGGGGUUAAAGUGAAAAGCAAACAGGAGCUGGAAGCAGAAAAGAAAGAAAUGGAGGAAAUGACAAAGAAGAAAAAGAAGGGUCUCCUCUUCGGCCUGCUUCCUAGUCAAAAAGAUCAGGCAGACAGCGAAGGAUCGUUCGAAUUAUCAUUUGCAGGACUUUUCAAGGUCAUGUGUUGCGUCAAGGAGAAACCAGAUGAAACCAAGGCCCAGUUGAGUAGAAUUGCUGCAGCCCUGGAUAAAGUGUCCACACGUUUGGAUCUCAUGGAAAGGACCCUUGAAAGUAACGGAACUCCAGCACCCAGUCUGAAUUCUGCAAUAGGUCGUCGCCUAUCUAUUGUCAACUCGAGCACUGGACUGCACCCAAUAGGUGAAGGAGACGACGAGGACGAUAAUGCCGACGGAGAUGAGGAUGAGAAUCCAGAGCACAAAAUCCAACGGGACGACCUAAUGAAUCCUUAUUGGAUUGAGGAUAAGGACUUGCGAAAAGCUGAAGUUGACUUUCUAACCCAAAAAGAGAUUACAUUUUGGAAUGAGUUGAUUCUCAAAUAUUUAAAACCGCUUGAUGAAGACAAAAAGAAACAAAAAGAGAUGGCUGGAGCACUAAAAGACCUCAAGAACAACGUCUCAUUUGCUUUUUUGAUGAUCAACGCAGUUUUCGUAAUUUUAGUGUUUUUGCUACAACUGGAGAAAGAAUCUAUUCACAUUAACUGGCCCUUUGGUUCAGACACAAAUGUUUCGUACGUUCCGCAAAGUACAGAGAUACAUGUGAGCAUCGAAUACCUUGAACUGGAACCGAUCGGAUUAGUCUUUGUUGGAUUUUUCGGCAUAAUUUUAGUAACUCAAUUUAUUGGGAUGUGUCUUCAUCGAUUUGGAACGUUAUCUCACAUUCUCGCCGCAACUGAUGUGGCAUGGUGUACAAGAGAUACUAAAACUAUAACCAAAGAAGCAGCUCUGCAAAAACAUGGCGUGGGUCUUAUCCGACGGCUUCAGCAUGCAAACUCUCCUCAAGAUGAGGAUGACAUAGCUGAAAGAAAACAGUCCAUGACAGACUUGGCUGGAAGGCGUAAAACCAUAGCCAAUUUGGAAAAACAGAGGUUUAAAAAGAAGGAAGUGGACAACCUUGAAAUGAACUUUAAGAGAAAUUUCAGAAGCUUUGCCAUCACUGCUGAUAGGAGAAACUCGAAAGCAUUUAGCGAUGACAAGGCCCAAGCAACGUUUGCGCUUUUGAAGGAACGACGAAGUACAGUUCUUCACCGACGAAGCUCUGUAAUUGACAGAAGAAGGUCUCUUUUUGAAGACGCAACAGCGUCGGAGCUGAGCAGGGCCAACAGCAUCACACCAUCAAAUAACUCAUCAGUCGGAAAUGAGAAUCGGAGGUUCAAGAGAAAUCUUGGGAGAACACGAAGUGCUUCAUUUAAGGGCAAUCAACCCGAAGAAAUCGAAAUGACUGACACUUAUACAUGAUUAUAUUUAAUUAGCAAUUUUUAUUUACUAAUUAAUUAAAUCCCAGGUGUAUGUAUAUAUACAUGUAUAAAUAUAAAAACAGUAUACACUCAUA